AUGACAAUAGAUCUAAGUAAAAUAUCAACUUCAAUCACACCAUUCGCUAUGAUUAAUAAACAAAGUGCUCUUCCACGAGAACAAGAAAUUCUAUUUACAAUGCACACUGUUUUUCGUGUUGGUGAAAUUAAACAGACGGCUGAGAAUAGUCGUCUUUGGGAAGUACAGUUGACUAUUACUGACGAGAGUGAUCCACAACUGGCUGGUCUUACUGAUUGCAUCAAAGACGAGAUCAACGGUGAAGGAUGGUAUCGAAUGGGCCAAUUAAUGCUCAAAGUGGGUCAUUUCGAUCAAGCUGAGGAACUCUACAAUGAAUUACUCGAGAAUGCUUCUGAUGAUAGUGACCGGGCAUACAUCUAUGAUCAGCUUGGAUGGUUAAAAGACAAUCAAGGUGAAUACCAACAAGCAGUUACUUGCUACGGAAAAUCACUCGAAAUCGAGCGAAAAACGCUUCC